CCAUUUCCACACAGAGAGUUCAGAGAGAGAGAGAGAGAGAGAGAGAGAGAGAGAGAGAGAGAGAGAGAGCCAUUUCCAUUUCCACACACAGUUCAGAGAGAAAGCGAGAAUGGAUGAGACGAGUAGCCCACCGCCGUGUCCAAAAACAGUCACCAUCCGCCGUAACCCUCACCGGCGGGCUCGACCCACGCCUUCCUCCGUCGCCCCUAUCCCCAUGCCCUUAUCUCCCUCCUCAAUCUCACACAACAUCCCUUCCUUCCCUACCGACGAAAUCCUCUCCAUCCAACUCCCCCCAAACCCUAACAAUCUCUCCCCUUCAGACUCACUUUCCGCACCAGAAUCCGAGAACCUUAGAGUCUUCCUUAGAAUCCGACCCCUCGCUCCGAACGGAGGAGUUCAGAUCAACAAGCAACACUGCAAAAACGGGUGGCCGAAAUCUAAGCACGGCUCGAGGGAAAAAGCGAAGAAGAGAACCGAGAUUUGUGUCUCGGGUAACGAUUAUAAAUCUGUUACGGUGAGUCCUCCGGCGUCACUGCAAGAGGGGAAGCGUGUCAAGACUGAAGUGUAUGGAGGGUUUUCGCAGGUGUUUUCCGCUGAGUCGACUCAGGACGAAGUAUAUGCAAAGAUGGUGAAUCCACUGGUAGAGGAGUUCCUCCGGGGAAAGAGUGGAAUGUUGGCUGCGUUGGGGCCAAGUGGUUCUGGGAAGACGCACACCGUUUUUGGCUCUCCUAGGGAACCUGGUAUGGUUCCUCUCACCCUGCGUCGGAUCUUUUCGAGAACAGAAGGCUGCGAAACUCAGUUGUCUAGGAUAUUUUACCUAUCAAUGUUUGAAAUAUGUUCGGAAAGAGGUAAAGCAGAGCGGUUAAUUGAUCUAUUCCAAGAUGUUGGUGAUUUAUGCAUGCAACAAUCAACUGUCAAAGGGGUUCAAGAGGUCAGCGUCACUAAUGUGCAGCAGGCUGAAUCCUUAGUUGCAUGUGGAACGUUAAAACGGGCAACGGCUAGAACGAAUUCUAAUAAUCAGUCCAGCCGUUCACAAUGCAUAAUCAACAUUAGGGGUUCCCCUCACAGUGCUGUCUUCACUGUUGUUGACCUUGCUGGAGCAGAAAGAGAGAAAAGAACAGGGAAUCAGGGGGCUAGAUUGCUAGAAAGUAACUUCAUCAACAACACAUCAAUGGUUUUUGGUCUGUGCUUAAGAUCAUUGCUGGAGCACCAGAAGAACCCCAAGAAGCCAUUGCAGAAACACUUCCAGAACUCUUUGUUAACUCGGUAUUUACGAGAUUAUUUGGAAGGCAAAAGGCGAAUGGCUUUGAUUCUAACUGUAAAAUCAGGAGUGGAAGACUAUCUGGAUACAUCCUUUCUGCUAAGACAGGCUUCUCCUUAUAUGAAGAUCAAGUUCAACAAUGCUGAAGAGCCACUGAAUUUAGUCAGUACAAAGAGGAGUUUUCAGGCAUUCCCAAGAGUAGAGCGACUCAAAAGGACGAAGCUUAGUAGCAUUGAAGCAUUUCACACAAAUGAAGGGAAUGGAGCUGGAGAUGGAUGUAGACUUCUUAAAGAAGAGGCCCUUCCUCCAGAGAUCAUCAAACCUGAGCAUUGUUCAGGUCGUCCUGGAAAAACAACUAAUUCAGAUCUUAAAGAUGGUACAUCCCUUGAGGAAGGCUCUACUGAAUUGGAAAAAGAAAGAAAGAAUGUGAUUAUGCAGAACUUUGCCAAAGCUAUAUGGAAUGUCCUGAAGCAAUAUAAGGAAAAGCUUAAGGUGGCUGAAAAUCAGAUUCAGACUCUCAAUAGAAGCCUCACCGAUGAAAAGGAAAGGAGUUUAGGGCUUGAAAUUGAAUUGAAAGAUUUAAAGUCCAACUUAUUAUACAAGAAAGAAACUUCCCUGAAAGAAAGGGUUGAAUCUAGUACCAAUACAUCUGCAGAGCAGGAAGGAUGUCAGUCCGACCACGAGGUGAACAAUGCUGGUGUUGUCAUUGCCUCUUCCAUAACUGUUGAAGAUUUUGAAGAGCAGGGCUAUCAGCAGUUCACUAAUCAGGAAUCCGAAGCCUUUCCUAGAGAUGUUAACAUUGCUGAAGAUCCAAAUGAUGAGGGUACAGAUGAUACUCAAUUUGACAGGAACGGUUCAGAUUCAGGACCUUCUGAGUAUGUGGUAAGCUCUCCUAAGUCACUUAUCGAAAUCAGAAGUGACAGCUGCUCCUCAGUGGAACGGUCCAAAUCGGAAAGCGAAGAGGACAAGAAACGGUUGGAUCAACCAACAAUGCCAGAGGAAGGUGCAGAAUUGCCCCCAAGAUGCGAUGCCAGUAGCGCCACAAAAAGUGAUUCAAAGGAUAAUUCUUCCUCCAGAGCUUUGAAUGCGGAGCGACCCAAACGGUCAGUAGGGAGACUUCUGCCUGCUUCAUCCAUCUUGUUAAAGAAUAUCAGUACUCUGGAAUUUGAGGAUGAGUAUGAAAAACCAAAGGGAGGUAGAGGAGAAAAGAAGUUGGUUCUGGAAGAAAGAAACAGGACUCAGGGUAGCAUCUCUCUCCUUCGUUUGCUUAGGACCAACCUUCAUCUCUAGUCUAGUAAACCCAAUGCCAAUUUUUGUGUAGAUUUCAUAGUAUUGUAUAGUUGGGGCAUCUUUUUGUGUGAGUAAAUCCCCACUUUCCUUUUUGUCCACCAACAUAUCACAAGUUUCUAGUGCUAUAGGUGAGGGCGAGGGUAUAUUUUUAUUGAAGCAUUGUUAUGUACCCAUGUAUGUAUAUUAUGGGGACUUAUGGCUCUUUACAGAUGAAGUUGUAAAAGCGAAUUGUAUCGAGUUUGCAAUUCAAUGCUUGUUACUUCAUUUGACUGUGGGAGAUGAUGUAUGUAUUUAUUAAUGUCAA